GUAGUUCAUUGACAACUCUUCUACGAGUUUGUUCUUCAAGUGUUUUGAAGUUUAAAUAAAUUUUAAAUUGAAAUGGAUGCGGAAACAAAACAAAAAAGUGCACCGUCAACUCCACGAGAUUUUUUUGAAAGACUUUACGGACAUUUAGAAAAAACAAGUGUUAAUAAAGAAGAUUCUAAACGAGAUUCCGAACGAGAUGCUGUAGAAAAUAAUAAUAUUGUGGCGCCGAUACCUGUCAUGGCAAGUCCUUUGCAGUUUUUAUUGCCAGGACACGAAGGACCGUUGAGUGUUGCUGCAGCUGCAGGACUUUCGGCAUUUUUGGCUCGAAGAAGACGCAAAGAAGGACGCCCCCGAAGGCAACGCACCACGUUCAGCAGUGAACAAACUCUACGCUUAGAAAUCGAAUAUCAACGAUCCGAGUACAUCAGCCGUGGUCGUCGCUGUGAGCUGGCGGAAACUUUAAAACUCUCGGAGACGCAAAUCAAAAUCUGGUUUCAGAAUCGACGUGCAAAAGACAAACGCAUCGAGAAAGCUCACCUGGAUCAUCACUACCGUAAACUUCUUGGCGGUUUCAGCUCGGUGGCAGGAUCAUUGUGUCCACUGUGCGCGGAUAAUCCGUGUUACCACACGAGCGCUUUAAUUUCCAGCUCUUAUUCGGCUUUUAACAGCGAUGAUGCCGAAACGAAGUAA